UUGAUGAUGAUGAUGAAGAAGAAGAAGAAGAAGAGGAGGUAGUUGAGUUGCCACCAGAAGACCUGAUUCCCUCUAUCUAAUUCGUCACUUCACAAGUCAAAAUAUGGUUCUUCAUGAUGUUGACGGAGAAAAAGUCUAUGCUACCGGAGGCCAAAUUCAUGUGCCAAUAUAUGUCACUGGCAUUGUUAAAGUUAGCAAUGCAGAAAUUGCAGUUCUGGACAAUGAUCUUGGAAGUAUUGAAACCCAGAAAACGCUAAAUUUGGCUGGAAAUGACAUUGUUUCGCUCUCAGCUAACCACCUGCAAAAAUUCCGUUUUUCUUUCCAAUUGACAACCCCUCGUGGUCAUGCAUUUAAGCCUCAUCAGGCAUUUCUCAAGUUGAAACACUUGAAACAUGAGACAAAGUAUGAGCACAUCUUUGUUGUUGGAAAUGCUGGCAAGAAAUUCGAGAUUGUUCUUGUUAAGAGAACUCUUUCUUACGGCCACUUGGCUAUCUUGAACAAGAGCAUAGACAUAAUUAUAAUUAACUAUUAG